AUGCUGCUUUCCACGGCAACGUUUGCCGUAUUGCUAGCGGCUGCCCCUUCAUUCAUUCUCCCAGUAUCAGCCGCCUCCUCCAAACGCGGCCUCGUCUUCACACCGAACGAAACUUCACGGGCAGACGACAAGAUCUGGGUCGAGAAGCCGACAAGUUUGACGUGGUACUAUAAUUACGAGUCCAGGCCCGAGCCUACGUACAACGAUGUAUCGCAAUCCGACUUCGAGUUUGUCCCCAUGAUGUGGGGCGCCCCGGAGAGCAUCGAUGAUACCUCCUUUCUUUUGAGCGUGCAGAGCCUUGUCAAAGACCAGGGGAUCAACAUCACCAACGUGCUCUCGUUCAACGAGCCCGACGGUCCAUUUGUCUACGGGGGCAGCAACAUGGAGCCGUCUGCUGCCGCCCAGAUCUGGGUCAAUAACAUGAUUCCGAUCCAGAAGAUGGGUAUCCGGGUCGGCCUACCGGCUUGCACGGGGGGCUCCUCUGGCCUUCCCUGGCUGCAGAACUUCCUAUCCGAGUGUUCCAAGCUCGUCAGCACCGAAAAGAACCAGCAGAACUGCACAUACGACUUUGUGACCCUCCAUUGGUACGGCAACUUUGAAGGUUUGGCCAGCCACAUAGGGCAAUAUUCCGCUGCUUUCCCGAAUAAGACCAUGUGGAUUACCGAGUACAACAUCAACGACCAGGACUUGGAGACGACGCAAGAGUUCUACAACAUGUCAGCUGAAUACUUUGACCGCCUCGAGUAUGUCGAGCGCUACUCCUUGUUUGGCGCCUUCCGCAGCGACGUGUCCAAUGUCGGCCCCAACGGCGCCAUGCUCAGCGCCAACGGCAGCCUGACCGAUAUUGGCGCCUGGUAUCUAGGCCGUGAGGCAACCGGUAUCCUGCCUGGCUCAUCGUCAUCAGCCUUCCGCCCGGUUCUCCCUCAAAUGAGUUUCGCCGCGUUAGCCGCUUUGGUCGCUGUCACUGUACUACUCACCUAA